AUCCAGUGGCCAUCCUGCGCCGCUCUUGGCUUUGUAGAGACUUCUAUACCACAGGUGCUUAGCAUUUUGAAGCCCAUUUCACCCCGCCGCGCGCCCACCUAUCCAAUUAAUUGACGAAAAACCAUAGGAUUAAUACAACAUUACGUAUCUCAGAAGAGAGAGCCGGGCCCUAACACCUGAGUCGCAUUUAGGGACAACAUACUAUGACGGAGACCCAAAACUCGGAACUGCUUACUUAUGAGGCAGUCAAAGCAGGUGGUCAAAGGGUUGUCCCAUCGAUGGAUUUUUUGCGACUUCGCUGGUUCUUCAAAGGUUCAAUAGAGGUAUCCAUCCAUGUGCUCGAAGAUGCCACGGACUCAACCUCAGCCCAAACGCCUUACCAGAUAACAGUGGCAACGAGUACUCCAGACGGUCAGGCAAUUCAACAGGUCCAGCAACACGUUAUAUCAUCCUCGAGUAUAUCCGAUCUACCUAUCUCUUCCAUCGAAGUAAGGCUAGCAGACCUUAAUUACUGGGAGGAACGGUGGGAAGACGCGCAUCGGCCUGAAGAAAGCUGUUCUGCGAUCUGGAUUGACGACGGCCCAGAAGGCGAACGCAAAGCGAUUCAAUGUUGUGGCGAAGAUCGACCUUACCUAAAUAGCCCCAUUCCAUCAUUGACAGUGAAAGCUAGUAAGGAACCGAAGCCAUUCGUUACCAUCCAUGAUUUCAUCACAGCGGUGCACCCUUGGAUGAGUGCGCUUGAAGAUGACAUCCGUCACUCAAGGGGUGUUAUUAGAGGAACACCCGUGCCUAAAAAGGCAAAUCUGUUCGUACAUAACUCGUCACUGAGUCCAUUAAGAACUAUAGAUGACCUGGGACAGAGCCCUGCGACUGUGGCAUACGGUCGGAGGAAUGUGGCUGCGAUGACUACUAGGAUCAGGGACGGUACGUCACCCGCUUAGCUAGGUCUCCAGGUUGGCGGCAUUUCAGCUAAAGAAAGCCGAUGGGCCUUGAAUAUCUCCAGGCGGGUAUCAAUUACUCCGGAAAGGAGGUAGGCUCCCGCGUGUAAGCCAGUGGCGCUUCUUGUGCGCUGUCAGAAGCUUCAAAUAACAUCUCAAAUCCCGAUGUGCCCCAUCUGAAACAUGUUGGUCCUAGUAUUUUGAGGGCGUAGCCGCGCCGCAAUAAUCCUUCUCUGUGUGAAGAAGGUAUGAUCAUCGUAGGAGCUUCUAAAUCUUCAUCGCUAGUAUGCUCCUGUUACUAAGGUCGGGCAUGAUCGGGCAGUCGGGCAAGAUUGCACGAUUUUCUGCAAAAGAACCCUGACUUAUUGAGAUCGCCCACAAUAAAACAUGCAAAUUCGGCCAACUGCCUAUGUCUCGAUCCGAGACAUUCCAAUCAAUUUUGAUGAAGAAAAAUUGAAUUACUCGCAAUGAUUGGUUUAUAGGAGCUAAAAGGGCCGUCUCUGUUCCUUGAUCUUACAGCAAUGAUCGUCACCAAGAUUUGAACCAAGCUUUAGUAUCCCCGAGCAAUGACCAACCACCUCGGCACGGGAUCGCUCG